GGCAGAGCAACGCUGCUCGGUGUCUUUGGCCUGGUUCCGCCUCAGCCGAGUCUGGGUGGCUCAGCCGAGCGGCACGUGGUGAAGGCCAGACAGACUUUGAGAGCGGCUCUGCCAGGGCUGGUCUUUCACCUGAGAGAAGCUUGGUUUCCUCCGCCGCAAGGGGAGGCCAGCUGGAUGGAGUUCUCCGCUCGCUCGUAAUUAGCCUCAGCUAAUGCUGCGGCCACGUGGGAAGGGAGGGGAUUAAAGGCAGAGCCCCGGCAGCUGCCAGCCGAACGUGAGGCGUCCUGCGGUGCUCCAGAUCAGGUUCUGCAGAGUGGCUGGGUUCCCCCCUCGCCUCCGGCUGCUCCUCUGGCAGCUUUUCCAAGGGUGACGUUGGGAGAAGUGAAAGCGCCGCCCGCACAGCAGUGAGCCGACGAAACCCGGGCGAUUCGUGCCUUGGGCCUCUUCUGGCCUGUCCCCCUCCGAACGACCAUUUUGGCAUUCCCUUUAGGGACCCAGAAAUAACUUGCAGCACUGCAGCUUUGUGUUGAACCUCAGCACCCAUCCUCCCCAGCACUACAGGCCAUGCACAGCUGCCUGUCUCUUCUCCUUGGAGCAGCCACACAAGCUCCUGGAUCAGCCUUCCCAAAGCCCAUGUCCCCCAGAUGUUUUGGAUUAAAGCUUCUAGCAUUCCUGGCACUUGACCUUGAGGGCUGGGGCUGAUAGGCGUUGAUGUCCAGAACAUCUGGAGAUGUCUUCAUUGCCUGGGUAGAUCAAGGCCUUCAGAAGGAAGAAGGGAUCACUGGUGAAAGGCCCUCAAGAAAGGAGUUCUGCAAGCUGAACCCGUCCCUUGACCGUAGUGGUCAAUUCCAGUGUUUUCUUCUGGUUACAGCUGGUCCUGUUGCGAAGGGUUGCAGGAGGACCUUCAUGUUCCCCAUUCCAUUUUCUUCCCACGCUCGGUAGUGACCCUCAUGGCUUCAUUGCGCACUAGUGCAGCAGGUGUGCCUCACAUUCAGAAUGUCCCAGGUCAGGCACCUGCAGCUAAAGCAUCAGGGUUGAUAGAAAAGUUAAUCCAGGUUGUUAAUCCUGUAUUAAGUCUGUUGCGGCCCCUCAGUUUUAGUGGAUCAUCUGUGAAAUGGGCAUCAAAAUGCCCUCCUCCUUUGGAGGCAUGGUGAGAUGCUACUCAUGCAACACUUUGCAUACUCAGGUGCUUUAGAAACUGCCAGGGAUGUUGGACAGGGCCGGUCUCUCUUCCCCUUUUGUCUCUCUGUUAGGGGCCUCAUCGCAGUCCUGUUGGUUGUCAAUUCUCCGUGUGUGUGUGAAAGAGAGAGAAAAAGAAAAUUUAAUAACAGCCAAUCAAGGAUCAUUGUGCAGCUGCAAUUCUUGCCAGCACUUUUCUGUACCAGGGAGUUCAGAAUAAUUCUGCAGGGAAAUAUGCUUGGGAGGAAAGCUUUGCCACCUCUCUAGAAAAAGGUGUCUUUUAGCACUUUGGGCAGGAGCACUUCUUUCUGCUUUGUCCCGCUGGCCAAGCAACUUGCAGGGCACCCCCAAAGUGCAUUUCAGAGCUUUGUGGCAAAGGCAGGUGUCAAUGAGAGGGGAGCUGCCCACAUGCGUUGAGCGCAUGCCUGAACAAGCCGCCUGGCUUGAACACGUGUGACGCACCUGCAUCCUCUCCUCCAUGCAUGGAAGCAGGUCGGUGGUUGGUUAACCCAAGCUGGUACCCUCGCAACACCUUGGCUUGCAGGUCCCAUCAUCCCUGGCUGGCAUGUGCUGGGAAACUUCCAGGUGGAUGCUGGCAUUGGGCUCAAGCAGCAUUUAAAGAGCCUGCAGUUUCCUUCUCCAACCGGCUUUAUCGAAAAGGCUUGUCCAAGUUGGCACCAACUGUUACUUACUGAUGGCUGUUCCCCCCUCUCUUCCAGAGUUAUAUGAGACCUCCUCACUCACCAUGACGGGGGUAUUGAAGAGGAAAUACGAUGAAUUGGAAGAUGACACCCCCUACUCCUCCUCUUCCUCCUGUUCACCCUUCUCCUCGUCUUCCGCUUCUUCUGGCUGGGAAUCGGACGAGGAAAACUCCCGAGGUGGAAGCAUCAAGCCCAGCUUGACCUUAUCCUCCGAUUUCACCCCGGCGUCCAUCCUGAAGAAGAGCAAGCGCCUGAAACGGAACAGCGUGGAGUUCGACCGGGUCACGGUCUUCUACUUCCAGCGCUGCCAGGGCUUCACCAGCGUGCCCAGCCGCGGGGGCUGCACCCUCGGCAUGGCCAGGAGGCACGGCUUCGCCCGGGAGUUCACACUGGCGGAGUUCUGCAAGGAGCAGGAAGCGGUUCGGCGGGAGAAGCUCAAGGAGCGGCUGAAAGAGGAGAAACUGGAGGCCUUGAAGUGGAAGUUGACCAUGAAUGGUACGAAAGAGUCUGAGGAGGCCAACCAGCUUACCACGGAGGACAUCUCGGAAGAGGACAUCGACGCCAGCAGCCUGGACCCCGAGGAGGGCUUCUUCCUCCAGCCCUACCCCGCCAAGAAGAGGCGUGCUCUGCUCAAGGCCAUGGGCGUCAAGAAGAUCGACAAGGAGGAGAAGCGGGAGCUGCACAGCAUCCGCCUCUCCCGGGAAGACUGCGGCUGCGACUGCCAGGAGUUCUGCGAUCCGGAAACGUGCAGCUGCAGCUUGGCGGGAAUCAAAUGCCAGAUGGAUCACACGUCGUUUCCGUGCGGUUGCACCAAAGAUGGCUGCGGGAACACGGAAGGGAGAAUUGAGUUCAACCAGGCCCGGGUGCAAACGCACUUCAUCCACACCAUCAUGAAGCUGGAACUGGAGAAGAACCAACAGAGCGGCGAGAGGAACCCUGCGGCGGAGCCCACCUUCAGGGACCGGCCCCAUCCCCAUCCCCAUCCCCUUGGGUGUCCGGUGGGCAAGGCGGCCUUUGAGGAGAGGGCUGUGCCCCUGGCCCCAGCCUUCCAGUUCAGCACAGACCUGGAGGCGAUUGGGGAGAACAGCUGUGGCAGCGACAUGACCGACUCCUCAGUGUCCUCCGCCCAAAGCGAGGACCUGGAGGAGCAGUACGAAGCCGCCCCAUCCGAGAAGUCGCAGUCGGACGUGGAUGACGACGGCCUGGCCCGGAUCCUCCACUUCAACGAUUCCGACGCCGAGGACGACAGCAGCACCGCCAGCAGCUGCCAGGACAACCUGAGCUCUUUCCACCCCACCGGCUUUUUCAGCGUGGACGUGGAGAGCCAGCACGCCACCCACGCCGCCGGGCGCUCGCUGAGCCACUUGCCGACCAUCACGGAAUGCCUGGAUGAGAACGCCAACCAGGGGGAGAGCUGCUUUCUCGGGGAGCCCUCCGCUGGGCCCCUCUGUGGGGGGAUCUCUUCCUGUGCGCAGCCUUCCUUGGUGGAUCAAGAUUCCAAGAGUUACACAGACCUGAGCCUGUCCUCGGACUCUCUGGAUUUUUUCCAGUCUUUCUCGGAUUACAACCUGGGACCUCUUUACAACUCCUUGAAGGAGUACGAGAACUUGGACAACUUCUCUGCUCUGCAGCUUCAGCUGCCAAACUUCCCCAGCUUGUCCCAGCCUGGGGAUCAGAGCACCUGCUUUCUGGAGUCUCUGAUUGGCUUGUCUGAAUCUGUCCCAGAAACCCCUGCGCCUUUUACAGACAAUCAGCUUCUGGAAGAUGCUAUUAAGUCAUCGCUCAUGGAAACAGUGAAGGUUUAACUUUGGUUCUUUUUAAGAAAUGAGGUGGAGGAGAGCCCUACAUGGGCUAAAACCCCAUCAUGAAUAAACAAACUCUCCUUGUAAGAGGCAGAAAUGUGACAGCUCUAACUGAGCAAAUUUAAAGUUUUGCUCCUUUUGGACACUUUGGGCAGUGGGGUCGGGGGAACUGCAGCUACAAUCAGUUUUCUUACUGCUUGUGCAAAAAUAUUGGCCUUUUCCUGGCAUGGGAGGGGUGGGGAGGGUGGGCAAAAACAGAAGAAAACUUUUGCAAAAUAAACACAAUUUCCUUGCUUUUGUAUGGGGUUGGGGGAGGGAGACCUUGUGAAAAGUAUUCCUUGUGUUUUAACACGGCGGAUCACCCACAGAGCACCUUCUGCAAACAUUUUCAAAUGUUAGCAGAUAAUUUUUUCAAACGACUUUGGGAAUUAUAUUUGUAAUUAUAUUUAUUGUGGCAUUCAUUUGCUCAAAAAGCAAGCUCUUGCUUACAUGGGAAAACGUUUACAGAAAAAAGAGGCCCAUACACUAUUCUAGAGACAUCUUUCCCCCAUCCUCUUAUUUAUUGCAAAAUUGCAAUUUUAAGUAGCCACCGAAGCUUGAACUGAGCAAGAGAACUUAUUUAAAUUAGUAAUACCUCAGAUGUAUUAUGUGUACAAUCAUAUUUUUUGCAUAAUAUAUCUGUAUUUAUUUAUUUGUUCCUUUUUCAUACCUGAGUAGCACUGAGUGUUGGCCAAGGACCUGAAAAUGAGGUCACGUCCUCGGCAACCCGGGGCUUAAAGGCUGUUCUGUGUUGGGUGCCCUAUUUGUUUUUGUUUUUAUUUUCUUUUGGCUGAAAAACCAAGAAAUCACUUUCAAGGUGACCAAAGGCAUUUGGUCGUCCGUCUUCUGCUUAAGCCGUACAUCUACACUACAAGCUUAAAAUCCUGUUUCGUUCCCUUGGAUUCUGCAAGAGAACCUUGCGGACAGACCGUGCAGUCUCAGAAAGGGGUUGAGAAGCCCCCACUGCAGAGGGUCCUCACGGGGGACGGGGUCUGCUGAACUGAUUCUGAAUCUGUUCAGCUGUGCAGAGCAGAGGCAGGCCAUGAUGGAGCGUUACGGGCCUCUCCAUGGUCUUCUUUCUUGCAUAUGGGCAGCCCCGCAUCCUGUCUCUGACGGUGAGGCGUCAUGCAGUAAGAGGGCUCGCCCUUACGGGAACUCACAGCCAUGGCUAAGAAGAACAUUUGAGCCUUGGGCAGCCAAAGUGUGGGGCAUUCCAACGCUGCAGCAAAGCGAAAAGGCACGCUCCGUUCUUCCAAGCAGUCCUGCAUCUGUCGAGAACUCCUGUGCUUCAGUUUCAGGAGAUGGGCUGUGUGUUGUUAUGAUUCAAGAGAAUAAAUGAAUCUUGGUUUGUACCAUUCCAUUCUUGUAUAAGACUUGUAGCUGUGUGUGUGCUGUCCAUGAUUCUACUGUGGGUGAGUAAUAAAACCUUAAACUAUUAAGAAAAAAAGAGAAAAGAAAUGGUAUGAAUUAUUUAAAAAAGAACAAAGGUUACAUUGUGUUGUAAAUUAUUUUCUAAUUUAUUUAAUUUACCGAAGGACUUGGCCAUGAGAUCUUUACAGAACAGAUCUAAUCUAUUUAUGGUACCUUGAUACACAGAAGAGCCCAGGUCUAAGUGCUUCUCUGUUCUUGGAAGUGGAAAGGGUGUUUUAUUAAAGGGAGAGAGAGAAAUCCAAACCAGACACUGGCCAAAGGAAGUUAUUUAUAGAAGGUACACAAAUCAUGGCACAUUUCUCAUUUUUGCUUUUAUAUUACUAUUGAAAUCUAAAAGGUCACAAAUAUAUAUCGACUUAUAAGUAAUUGGUUAAGAUGAACAUCUAGUUCAGGCUUCCCAAAGGCAGUGCAUUACAGAUGUGACUACAAUGCCCAUAAUGCUCACUGUCAUGUGGUUAGUACAUGAGGCCUGUGCAAUGUGUAUUGAUCCAGUCUGUUUGUUUCAGAUGCUCUGUCUCUGUGAUCCUUCAAUCGAGCAAUAGCCGCUUCUGAAAAGUAGCUGGGUAGAUUGUAGUUGCUAUUAUUGGGCAGCUUACGUCCUUUGAGGGAAGCAACCUUGAGCAGAAUCUGUGCACCCCCGGCCCCCACUCCAGCUCUGCUCAGCGCUCAUUUCCGUGAAACAUCUAGGGGCACAACAUGUUCGCACCCACCUGGUGGUGUCUGGACUGAAUCACAACCCUCUCUCCCCCUUGAACUGCCACUCUCAAAAAUCAGAGAAGCUACUUGGAACAGCUGAAACGGAAUUAAUAAUCAGAAGGUGUAACAGGUGGCCAUCUCUCACAGAAUUCCCUUCGGCAAGAAGAGAUGGAUUGUUUUGGUUGGCUUGAUGGCUGGAUAGACCCUUCCAGUGCAGUUGGGCUAGACUGGACCACAGGACUGUUUUGGCGAGGAGAAAAUGGGCAUCCUUGCAUGUCUUAGAUGAUAAAGUUUCACUUUAACUUUUCCACAAAGUACCCAGCAUUUCUUACACACUGGAACCCUUUGGGAAGACUUUGCCCCUUCUGGUCUAUGCAAAGAAAUCUCUUUUUAAAAGUGUAGUUAAAAGAACAUCUCUCCAGAACAAUGCAGCAUCCAGUGCAAAAGGGCAAUUCCUCUGUGAGCAAUUAAAAAGAAAAAGUAUUUAACUUUAAAAUAUAGAUCUAUAUCCCUGUUUUUAUUUAAUUGGUAAUUUUUAUUUAGCCUAUAUUAAAUAUUGCUUUAAAAUAUGUUUGGUACUGUUUUGAAAUUUGGGGGGGGGCACUAAAGCAACAGUUCUUAGAACAUUCCUAUGUUUCUCUGCGUAUAUGUUUAUAUACGUUGUUUUAAAACGAAUAUUGGGAGACGGGGAGGAAAAAUUAUCUCCAGCCUUCAUUGUUCCCCUUGAUUUGAUUCACUUUAUGCUGGUGCCAAGCAUUCCUUCCUCACCCCCCUGGGUGCACUGAAUUGUAAAUAUAUAUACAAAAAAUAUUUUCCCCCUUUCUGUAUCUUGUAUAAAAUGUUGCCCUGUUCAGGCAGUUUUUCUUUAAAAACAAACAAAAAUAAAACUUGGUAUUUAUUGACACAAUCUGUAAUUCUCUAUUGAUUGAAACACUUUGGUUUCAACAGCUUUGUUUGCUUUCUUUGUGUAUAUAUUGUGCUUAAGUUGCUUAAAGGUACAAGUUAAAAUGCUUUUAUUUUUAUCUCUCUCUUCCUCCGUUUUUAUUUGUAGUUAAAAAAAAAAAUCCAACCAACAAAGCGUUAUCUGCCCACACACUGCUGUCUCUCAUUUCAUCCAAGUGAUAUGAAGAAAAUUUCAUUACACUGUCAAUAAAAACAACUUUUGCUUUGGAAA